ACCAAAAGAAAAAAACCCUCAAUCACCCAUCUCAAAAUUAUCCUAAAUUCAUAUGGCAGUUCCCAACAUCUUCUCAGCUCUUCUCAUCAUCAUCAUCUCCUCAUCAUCCUCAGCCACUUCCAUGAAGAGUACUCCUCCAAGAAACCAAAACCUUAUUAUGGCCAUUGAGGAGAUGCAGAAGGCCAACUACUUCACCUUUGUAAUGCUGAUCAACAUGUCCCCAAUUGGCCUCUUUCUAGACAAUGUCACCUUCCUCAUGCCAAACGACCGGACUCUUUCGGAAACUAUGAUACCCGGUUAUGCCGUAUCCGAGUUCCUGAAGCGCCAUGCAGUCCCCUCGCCACUCCUCAUCGACCAUCUUCUCCAUAUCCCAACUGGGUCUGUGCUCCCCAGCUUGGAACCUGGUUUUUCCCUUAAAGUUUCCAACCAUGGCCGGCGGAACUUUUCUAUGAACAAUGUCAGGAUCAUCAGCCCUAACAUCUGCUUUUCCGGGUAUUCGAUCCGAUGCCAUGGCGUUGACGGAGUGAUGCAGAAGAUGGUGGUGGAAGAGAAGGCUAACACUAGUAGUAGUAGUAGCAGUAGUAGGAGUAGGACUAGUACUAAUUGUUCCUGUGAUGGCUCAUGUCACAUGGCUGAUCAGGCUGCUCCUCCUACCACCUCAAUGCCGCCACUGCAGCUGCCUAGUGGGCUUGCCAGUGGCCUAAAUCCACCGCCGCCAUCUUCUGAUAAGGUCGAUCCUCAGAAAUCUGGUUCAUCUGGAGGGAUAUCUUGUGGGGGAUUGUGGGAGCUUGUAGGGAUGUCUUGCUGCAUAAUGUUGUUGAUGCUUUGAGUUGGCUCUAUUGUUGAUGUUGAGACGCAUACUUGAAAAUUAAGGUCUUUUUUAUUAAGAAAUUUAGUGCCUAAAUGCUUUUAUUUUGAAAAAAUAGGAGAGGUCGAUUGUCUUGAAUGUGUCGAAGAAGU